UUUAGCUUCAGUUCAUGCGUCCCUACUCUGGAGAAAGCUAGAUCAAUUAGGGUUGCUUUUAAAGGACACGUAAGUGCGUAAGACCCCGGGCUAGCACCCAAUAAAUUCGGAAGACAGAAGCAUCACGACCAUGCCCCAUUUCCCAACCGCUCACGGAACAGAAUACAGGCUUCUGUUUGCUUUCUUUCCCCGCCUAAUUUAGUUUUCAAAUAUUUGGCGAACUACAUAUUCAGGGGAUGAGGUGCGUGCAGUGCUCCUUUGGCAGCGAAAAGAAGCCUUUUCCAAGGCAGGUGACAGAAUGAUUUCUCCUUUUGUUACUGUCACAGAAAGGUUAUUCUACGCAUGUGCGAAGUUCAUUUUUAUUCUGAAGUCAUCAAGAGAGGUUCCUGUCACCGCUGCUCCUGGGCGUGGGCCUGUUUCGACUGGAUGAGGCUCAGGUUCAGUCUUGGGGUGCUGGCUGUGGUCAAAUGGGAAUUGAGUCGUCCUCUGGGUCAUUGAUGGAUCGUCUGUGUAGAUGUCCUGGUCAGUCGGGUGAUGCUGUUGUGAUGAGACAGCCUCAUUCAAGAUUAUGAAACACUGAAAUUGGAUGAAAAUGCUGAUGGUUUGGUGAUACAAGGAGGAAUAUCAGAAUCAUCUCCUGAAGAUGGACAGCUGUCAGAACCGAAUAAACUUACCGAGGUUUUUGAUACAGAUGAAAAGUAUGAAUUUUCAAAGAAAUUGCUUGCUAUGCAAGAACAGAAAACAAAUGUUCAAGACUUUGCAAAAAUUGAGAAUACCCUAACAAUUGAACCUCUGAGCUGUGAUCAUCAAUUGGAAUUGUCAUUUCCUACUGUGAAGGCCAUUGUUCCUCAACAGCAAGACCCAGCACUAAAAUCAAGGAUGAAUGAUUUCAGAUUCCCAAGGAAAUGUCCUCGUUUGCCCUUAUCAACUACUAAUAGUUAUAAAACCUGGAAAGGAGAAAAACAUCCAGGGACUAAUUUAGGAUUGACUUUACCCCGUGGAUACUGCAGAUACUAUUUCAAUUCAUUUAAUGGCUGUAAGAAACCAAACUGCUGGUUUUCUCAUGUUCUUGUAUCAAGAGAAGAUAAGCUUUGCAGUGAAAUAAUUAAGAAAUAUAUAAGUAUUGGUGGCGUAGUUUUGCUGCAACGGGCAGUAUAUAUAUUCUCAGAUUACUGCAAAAAAGGUACCUCCGUAUAUCACUUGGAUUUGCAAAUGUUUCAUGAUCUCCUAACAUCUUUGCUUCAGUCCUGUUUGCUGAAAGAACUUUUUCAUGUAGUACACACUGGCAUCAGAAUUAAAAUAUUACCAACUAUAGAUAUUCUACUCAAAAUAUUUGAAGAAGUGGCUUUGAUGAAAGUAAAAGAGGCAGUACCUGAAUUAUCUGAUAUCUUUCGUAAGCUUAUUGAUGUUGGAAUGGUUCUUGAACAUGAACAUAUUAGACAUAUCACCAACUUACUAAACCAGUUACAUGUUUCCAGCGAGGAAAUUGCUAUGCUUAGAUCCAGAUUUCAGGAAAGGCAUUUUCACAAGGCCAUCUUUUGUGAUUUUGAUUCAACAGUAGCAGCAUUUAAGCAUUGUAAAGAAAAAAGUGACUGGGCUAAAUUGGGAACUUUGUAUGUUAAAGUGACAAGAGGGUGUAACAAUGCUGAUUAUCUUGAAAAAUACUCAUGGCAUGUAGCCAGCAUACUAAUCAGUUCAGUGAAGGAAGAAAAGCCAGGCAUUCCAUUUUGCGAAUUUGCAACUGCAGUUAAUGUUGCUGCUCAUCGUGAUGAAAGAAACAUUUCUUCAUUAGGACGGAUUGGUAUUAGUGUCAUGUUUUCAUAUUACAAGGUACACCAGUGGUCAAAGGCCAAGAAGGUUCUGGAUGUGUUUUAUGCUUUAAAGAUACACUUCACACUUCUUAAAGGACUUCUUGAAUCACAGCAAUCGGUAUCAAGAUGUCAAGUUGUUAAUGUUGCUGUAGAAAUCUUUCUCAAAUGUGGGAAUCUUGAUGGAGCAUUAUGGGUAUUGAGAGGGUCAGAAUGGAUAAUAAAUACAGCAGCAUGGCCUUGUGAAAAAAUGGAUGUCCUAAAUCGACAUAAUCUGCUAUAUGCUGUAGCAUCUGAAUUAAUGAUAAAACAACGGUAUGAUGAAACAUUUGAAGUCUUAAGAAAUCUCCCAGGUUUUCAGAAUACUUGUGACUCUCUGGAUGUAUCUCAGAAUGGCCUUUUGUUUAAUAAACUGCUAAGUGCUUGUUCAGAAAGCAGGAACAUUGAAGUAUCAUCUAUUGUAGUGGCUUUCAUGCUUUCAAGAAAUAUCCAUAUUGAAUUUAAUUUACUUCGAGCAUUAAUCACAGCCCUAGGAAGAAGCUGUUUGUGGCUUAAGGCCAGGAAACAUUAUAAAAGUGCUUUAGCAUUGGGUUGCUAUCCAUCACCAGAGGGAAAUCUUUAUCGUAAACUUUUACUGAUUCCUUCUUAUAUGAGUGAAGUUGAAAUGCUAUUAGCAAUUGAAAUGUUUUUGGUUUCAAAUGCCAGUAGUAUUCAGAGUCCUGGAGCUUCCAAUCAAAUACUUCAAAUAGUAUUAAAAAGAUGUGAAGGUAACAAUAUUCAAAACAGUGAGGAAUAUCAGAAUGCUACAGAGAGACUGUUUCAGGCUGUUCAGAUAUCUAAUCCAAAGCUUUUCAUAAAGCAUUUGACAGUCAAUAUUAAUAAGGACCAAAUUUAUAGUUUGGAGUAUACUUCUGUACUUAAAUGGUUGAAAGAGAAUAUGAAAUGGGCAGGAAAAACCUGGCUUUUUUAGUCAAAAUUUGGUUACAGUAAUCAUUGCUUAAAAUAAAUCAAUAAAGAUUGUUUCUGUUGUUUUCAUACUCUUAAUAAUUUUAUCUUUUGGUUUUUAACAUUAAAAAAACAAUUCAGAAUAUGGCUUUCUAGGCAUGGUCAUUCAGAAGAGCCUAUUCUUGAUCAUUUUUUUUUCUGUGUCAAAAUAUUCUCACAGUUCAAGAUUAGAAUUAGAGGUUUCAUAAUCUUUACCGUCUUUCAAAAACAAGGCUGUUGCCGUGCAAAUUAGUUUAUAGUUCUGAGGACAGUAUAGUUUGCGAAAUACUUGCGUACUUAAACAGUUGGCUUUUUUAGUCAAUGAAGACUUUUGUUACAGUAAUCAUUGUUUAAAAUGAAUAAAUAAAGCUUGUUUCUGUUGUA